AUGGUCAUGGCUGUCGAUGACCUCAUCCCUAAUCCCUAUACCACGGCCCCGGAUAAGAAGCCCUCUUCCACGCAGUCGGCUCGGGCCGAGGACGCUGCCGUGCCGGACCCGCUGGAUCGUCGGGAGCACAGCAGUGCCGCCGACACGGACUUGGAGAAGGGCGCCGACGAAAAGGAUGUCUCAGACAUUGGUGUUGUUGAGGGGGGGCACACAUCUCAUACCGAGACUGUAACCGACCAUCAUGACGAUGACAAUGAUCACCACAAUGGUUCUCAAACGAACGAGAAACCCCCCACCGACGAACCUCUCACCCGCCUCUCUUCCUUUGCGCGCUCCAGCCGUGUCGUCCCUCGCAAUGAACGUCGCGGUCUUCUCGCGCAGCUAGCCAUCAUUCCGGAGAUUGAGUCGCCGUACGAGUAUCGUAACAGUACAAAAUGGCUGAUCACGGCAAUCGUUGCGCUAGUUGGAGCAGCAGGCCCGAUGGGAUCGGGUAUCUUCCUGCCUGCGCUGCCAUCGAUAUCGGAUGACCUGGGCGCGAGUGAGACGGUGACGAAUCUGACAAUUGCGUUUUACAUGUUGGCGAUGUCGAUUUUUCCUUUGUGGUGGUCCUCCUUCUCCGAAACCCUUGGCCGCCGCACAAUCUAUCUCGUCUCCUUCUCCCUCUUCGUCCUCUUCUCCGUACUCUCCGCCAUCAGCAGAAACAUCGCCAUGCUGGUGGUGAUGCGCAUCCUAGGCGGCGGCGCAUCCGCCUCCGUACAGGCCGUCGGUGCCGGCACGAUCGCCGACCUCUGGGAACCCGCCGAGCGUGGCCGCGCAAUGGGCUUCUUCUACCUCGGCCCGUUGAUCGGCCCCCUUUUGUCUCCUAUCAUCGGCGGUUCGCUCGCGCAAGGCUUCGGUUGGCGCGCGACAAUGUGGUUCUUAGCCAUCUUCGGCGGAGUCAUGCUCCUCCUCCUCUUAUUCUGUCUCCCAGAAACCCUCACCCGCUCCCGCCUCCCCCCUCGCGACAAGAAAAACCCUUUGACUCGAACGACCUCCAGAGCCUCGUCAAUAUCCCAGGCUGCAUCCCUCUUCCAUCAUUUCGUCAUAUCCCCGCUCCACCCCCUAACCCACCUCCGCCACCCGCCCGUACUCAUCACAGUCUACACCGCCUCCAUCGCCUUCUUCUCCCUCUUCAUCAUGAACAUCUCCGUAUCGCACACCUUCUCCUCGCCCCCCUACAAUUUGCGUCCCAUCCCCGUCGGCCUGCUCUAUCUGGGCCCGUCGCUAGGCUACAUCGCUGCGUCGAUGCUCGGCGGCAGGUGGAUCGACCGCAUCAUGGCGAGGGAGGCACGCAAGGCGGGGAGAUGGGAUCCUAACGAGCCGGGAAAGUUGGUGUAUCUGCCAGAGGAUCGGAUGAGGGAGAAUAUGUGGCUUGCUUCGACGUUGUACCCUGGUGCACUUAUUUGUGUGGUUGCCCAGCCGCUGAUUGAGGCCAUGGGCAACGGGUGGUUGUGUACGAUGGUGGGAUUGGUUGCGUGGGUGACGGGGAAUGUGGCCAUUUGGGCUUUGAGGAAAAAGGGCGCUGAGUGGAGGGUGGAGAUGGACAGACGGUUGAAUAAGGGGAGGUGA